AUGUUCGAGCACAGACAAAGCUCGCAAAAGCCGAGCAUCGAACUGCAGAAGAGCUUCAGGCCAUACCUCGACGCCGUCAAGUUCAACCCCAACACCUCGCAAGCCCACGCCAAUGCGCCCUCGCUGAAUGCCCUCGACGUCGCGACUCUGAAUCCUCGACAAUUCGCCGAGCAUCACAACAUCAAAGAUGCUGACCCUACUCCUCGAGCAUCCUCGACGGAACAAUGGAACUUUGGCAGCACCGGCCUCACCCCCUCAGGCCUGGAUGUCAACAGCUCGUCGUUCAACCCCUUUGCGAACCACAUCCCGGGCUACUACACCCCCACCCCUGGUGGCACAAACACCCUCUACCACCCGCAAGCAGGUGACCUCCAUACUCCAGGAUUUAGUCUGGGCUUGAACACUCCGCUGUCAAUGCCCACAUCUGACACGUCAGCCCUUCAUGCUCCUCAGCUUGCGCACAUGCACUCGUUUGCACAUGCAAUGCAGCAGCAGCAACAACAACAACAACAACAGCAGCAGCAUCACCACCAUCACAUGAAUCCUUUCGGAUCCCACCCCUUCCAAAUGCACCACCAGCCCACCUUCCCACCCCAGAACUUCCAACACCAGGCCCCGGUAUUUGAUCAACUUGACAGCCAGGCUGCUGACUCGCCUAUGUGCGGUGGUGAUAUGAACCUUGACGUCGAGAUGUCUAACCAGUCUCACGUCGAUCCCAUGUUCCCUCCUCACAUGAGCAACGCUGCACUCGUCGCUCUCCCUCAACACCCAUCGAGUGAGAACUUCCGUUACCGCGUUACACUCAAUGCGCCGACCGCAAUGGUCAAGACUGCCGACGAGAUCCCUGUUACUUACCUCAACAAGGGUCAAGCCUACACGCUGAAUGUCCAUGACACAGCGCCUCAGCAUUCCGUCGUUGGCCAACUCAAAUACCGUACCUUCGUCCGUGUGUCUUUCGAAGAGGACUCACAAAGAGCGCGCCCUGGAGCCUGCUGGCAGCUCUGGAAAGAAGGUCGUGGCACCAAUGAAGCUCACCAACGCGGCGGCCGCCUGCAAGCCGUCGAGUUUGUCGAUCAGAACCAAUCAAACGAUCUCAACCGACCCAAGCUGGAACUCGAAUCCUCCUCAUUCGAUGGCUUCUGUGUGACGUGGAGCCCAUCGCCCAAUGCUCAAGGUAUUGAGUGUCCCAUCUCUGUCCGCUUCAACUUCCUCUCGACCGAUUUCAGCCACUCAAAGGGUGUCAAAGGCAUUCCUGUCCGUCUGUGCACAAAGACCGAGCUGUUGCUUGACUCCAUGUCGCCAUCUCAACAACCCGCGCACGAAGUGUGCUACUGCAGAGUAAAGCUUUUCCGCGACCACGGUGCCGAACGCAAGCUCUCAAACGAUGUUGCUCAUGUCAAGAAAAUGAUCGAUAAGCUUAACCAACAAAUCUCGCAAAUUGAGUCCGGCAUGAGAGAUUCGAGCAAGCGCAAGAGAAGUGGCUCAAUCUCCAAGCCGAACGCAAUGCCUGCGCGACCUGGAAAGGUACCCAAGCACAAGAGGACCUGGUCUAUGUCCUCCACAGCUUCUACUGGAAGAACCUCUGCUGAGGAAGAUCUUCAGGUGAAGCUUAUUGGGCUGCAAGAUAUGUUUGGCUCCACUCGUCCAAUCAGUAUUUUGUUCUUGAGAGGCGCAGAGGAAGACGACCCAGACCUUCACCCAGUCAGUUUAUCUGGCGAUACUCAAGGCCUGACCAGAGUUGAUACCAACGACACAAACAUGUGGGAUGGCCAGAGCAAGACCAGUUCUGCAAUGGUUUCACCUACCCCAAGCAACCAAUCGCUUCCGUCGAAUUUCCGUCGUCCAAGCGCUUUUGGACCCCCUUCGCGCGUCAACUCUACCGAGUGGGGACGUAGCAACUCUCAAGUCGCACCCAUGGACCUCAAGUCCUCUAACCCGCAACACUUGGCCAGCCCACCUGAUCAACCAGUCAAGAUGCAAGCUCACUCGCCCACCAGCGGCACUUUCGCUGGCUGGUUCGAAGCCGUUGGCGUAGAUUCUGCCUACCAGCCUCCCCCCGAGCGCACUAACAAGCCUGUUGCCUGUUUCUACUUGCAGUCCAAAGUGCAGGGCAAGACCUCCGAGGACACCUACUACCGGGCAGUCUACCUUCUACAAAGAAACCUCAGCGAAUUCGUCAGCGUAGCCGCCGCGAAAUUCGGCAUUGAGCCCCAGAAGGUUGUUCGAGCCGUUCGUGUCAACCAAAAGGGAAUUCAAAUUCUCAUGGACGACGACGCGAUUCGCGAGUUGGCCGAAGGUCAAGACAUGAAGGCCGAAUUUGCAACAGUCGACACAGCCCAGAGCCAAUGGCAAUCCAGGCCAGCACCCUCCUCAGGAUAUGAGCUCAGGCUUGUCUACUAA